CUGUGUUAUGAAGAGUGGGGAAAGGGGGCCAGAUGGGAUCCGCCACGCGGCUACUGUCGCCGUCCAUCACAAGCGUGGGAGUCCCAGGAACUGCGCGAGAUGCCACGUGCCGUCUCCCACCCGAACGGCAAGAGGAAGCGCGAGAGAUCGGGAAGCCUGAUCAGCUGCAUGCGGAGAGCAGCAACGCAUCGGUCAAGCGGAGGAGGUCGUCAUUUGGUGGAAACGUUAAUAAUCCUGAGAACAAGCUGAUCCAAGGUGACCCCUGUGCAUCUCACAGAAAUGCAGGUGGCGAUCAGUGCUCAUCGCAAGAGAAAAUGUCAGACAAGCCCAAUUUAAGACGCCUGUGCACGUCCAGGUAUGCUCACGUAUCUAACGCGUGUGUUGUGCGACUUAAACCGCUGGAUUCAAAGUCUUUGAGAGGACCACUUCCAAAACACAUGGAAGUAAGUUUGCGGAAUACUGGUGAAGGAGGACCAGAAACAGCUGGAGGAGGAGAUGGAUGCACAUCAGAAACUGAAGGGAUUGAUACCGUUCGGAAGCAAUCCACCUUGAGCUCGAGAGAUUAUUCUGUCAAGAAGCAGGAAAAAAGGCUUAUUAAAAGUCCGUCUUGUUUCACGUGCUGUGAUGUGAAGUUUGCCCCCUCCAGAUAUGACAGUCUGGCCGUAGGCUGGUCAUGUGACAGCAGGACUAAAGAAACCACCAAAAAACAAACCUCAAGAAAGCUGGACAGAAGGACAGGAAGGAAUCCUGUUGUUAAACUCUGUAACAUUUCAAACAUUUUCAGUAUCCCUGCUGAUUUUUUGCUUACGAGGUGCAUCUUGCCAGAGGAACUAAAACGAAAAAGCAUCCACUGCUUUAGGAGAGACUGCAGUGAAGGUCUGUUAUUGGAGUUCUAUCCAGCAUCGUGUACGAGUGGUAGGGUUAGCCAACCUCAGCCGGGGUUACAAGCUGAGACAAAGUCCGCUCUUACAUCCCAAGCCCAAAGACCUAAUGAUGCAGCAGAUAUCCUCACAAGGACUCCUUCAGGAGGGAGGUGUGACAGACAUGUGUCCUGCAUUGACACGGACCCUAAUGCUCAUGGAAACCGAGUGACAAAGAAACUGAGAGUGUCCAACGGAUUUAGUUCUCGGAUUUCCCUGCCCACCGAUGUUCUAGAGCCUCAUGAUAUGGUUCCAGUCAUCCAGUCCACAACUGUGUCAUCCAGCUGUGAACCAGGAGCCCUGCGUGAGCCUGGUCUACCCUCUGGUGCAGAGAUGAUGAAGAAAAGUUCACCCGGUACACCACGGAAUCAGCAAGAUGCAGAUGAGGAAAGCAGUCUGUUGAGAGCAGGUGGUGGUCUUGCUAUACGGACUAUGCGUGAUCGGUCUGCGGAAUGCAGCUGGGACACCAGUCGGGAAGGGAAAGGAGGACUUGACAGGGAAAUUACUGAGACUUUCUCUUGCCAAAGAACGACCCCAUACCGAGGAACACUGUCUUGUGCGCGUACAUAUAUCUCAUGGCCUUUUCAGAAGCUGCAAGGAUCUGGAUGGGGAUUCACAGACACCGGCACGCUACCCCUGAUGCACGUGAAAGCCGAGAGCGCUCCUGUGACUGACGUUCCUGCCAAGUCCAGAGCUCCUCACUUUGCUAAAGCUGUGGAACCGGUAACAGCAGAAGGUGCAGCUAGUGGUACAGAAGUCUACAUGGAACGUGAAAUGCUUUCUGAAAUGAAAUUGGGUCUCCGAGAGGACGGUUCUGAAUCCGUAAAGUUAGAUGAAAUGGCAGCCAAACCGGUCCUGCCUGUUAUUUCCUUACAAACAGAACCCCAGGGCAGUUCUGGAGGCUGUGGUCACCAGUCCGACACCCUGGAUGACAAGGAGCAGAGGAAUGGAAUCUGUGACCCCGAGAAGGUUGCAGGUGGACGUUUCUGGGAGAUGAGUGUCACGCAGAAGGUGAAGCUCCAGUGUUUCAAGAUCCCUCUGAAGAUGGACACAGACCAACCUCGGUUCCAUCCUUCUAAACAGCCUGGUGGUGUCGUCACUCCAUGCAGAGCAGCAGCUGGCACCGAAGCGCUUUCCUCUAGCCCAACAUGUACAGGAAGACCGCCUGGCGUGAAGCCAAGGCCCCUUGCUUCACCAGAGAGAAGCCGGGCUUCACCGCUUAAGGUUCCUGCUGGUUGCGAUAGUGACGGCGACACCAGCCUGCUCUCUGAAGAUGAGACUGGGGACUGCAUGCAUGCAUUGGACGGCGUCAUCAUGUGUGAGAUAAAGGACACUUGCACCGCUCCGUACCGACAGCCUCCUUCCCUGGGAUCCAACUCCAGAGUGGAUAAAGGGACAGAGGAUGCUAUGGACGUGGUCAAAGCAUAUGAGCAGGACGCCAUCGUCCUGGAUGUGAUUCAGGAUGACCCGGAAUUGUUUGGCACGAUAACAGAGGAACCCGUGUUGGAGCAGCAGAAGAAACCAGAGAGACCUCUGCAUGCUAAGAAAGGUCACACUCCAAGAACCUGGAGGAGAAUCAUCUGGGAUAAGAAGGAGAGCUUUACCAAAGGCCCAGAUCCAACCCAGAAGCACACAGAUAAGGGAGGCUUCAUGCUUGAUGUAAACGGAGAAACUAUCAGUGAGACAGUGGUAAGUGAUGGCCAACCCUCUAACACCAUGGAUGGUGAUGAGCACCACCCGCUGGCAGAAGAGGUAAAGUUUUAUUUGAACAGAGGUCAGGUCAACUUGUAAGGAGGAAACGUGAUGUGAAUCACAAUGAACGAU